CAUCACCUCAUAUCCGUGUUGCGUGAAGACUACGCUGGCUAUCUCAAUGGGCUCCAACGCACAGACAGGAGAUCUUCUGGCCAGGCAGCGUCCACCUGGAUGCGCUAGAGUUCAUCUACGAGCGCGAAGUCAUUGCCGCCAAGCUUAAGCGCGCGAUCGAUAGCCUUCCCGGAGGACCUUGUCUCGCCAAUGCGUGCAGGAUUGCGAAGAUGAUUCUCAGUCCUAUUGCUUGAACAACACGAUGAGGUCGACGAUACGGGUCACCGACUCAGGGAUACAUGUUCAGGUGCGUACUACUGAUACCGUACGUACGAAGUUCGAUCGUCUCAUGGCAGACCCCAGCGACGCGAUACCAUGGCGGUCAGAGGAUCUUCCAUGGCAUGCGAUGCUGCUUUACAGUGGAGUUUCCUGGCGCUCGGGUGCGUCAACAACUCGCAAGUCUUCGUCAUGGUCUUGUGGCCCUGCGAAGUCAUGCCUCACGACUCCUCUUCACCGUUGUCCAGCCCCUACCAUGAUUUUGCAGAACCGUGCUCCCAUCUCAGUCACUCUUUCUGGCCAUUGAAUUCUUCGCGGAACCACUAGGAGGAUUGCUUGGUGCGCCAUCCUUGGCAAGAACCCGAACCCCCAUCUCGGCCUUCUGAGGAUCCGUCCCAUUCGCGUAGCGACCCUGCCCCUCCAGCUUGUAUGCUGGUCUUGGUAUCGUACUAAAUGUUAUUUACUCUGUUAUAUCCCUCC